AUGGAUGACAAUAUUUCUUCUAAUAACCAUAAUAACCAAAAUGGUACCGAAACAAAAGAAACACCGGGUGAACAGGUUAAUCUUAGUAAAAGGACUUUGGCUUGGUUAAAUGCUGACCAAAGUCCUUCUGAGAAUGACGACAUUCCGAUUUGGCAAAAGACUAUGUUGACCUAUUUUUAUUCGAUGCUUGGAGAAGAUUCACCUUCAAGUCCAGUUACUCGUACUCGUUCUCGUCGAGUUGAAGAACCUGAAAGUCCCUCGGAAACUCAAUUAUCGGCUCCUUACAUUGAAGAACAGCGUCCUGAACAUCCUGACUAUAUAAAACGUAUCCCUACUCAAACAGAGUUAGACGAAUCUCCAGAAACAACUGAGAUAGAAGGUAAUGGUAGACAAUUACAAGAAAUUGGUGAAGGUCGGAGUAAUCUUACUACAUCUUUAACUGUUGUACCAUUUUUAUGGUUAAGAAGAGAUCAUAAAGGGCGUAAAGCGCUUGCGAUCACUGACUCUAAAAGAGAUCCGUUAUCACACAAUUGGCUAAGUGUUUUCAGAAUCGAAUUAGCAUACGGUGAUGUCAAAUGGGUAGUAAAUCGAACUGGUUUUGAUUUUAUGAGUCUUCAUGUUAAUCUGACACGAAGAUCUGAGUUUUCACGUUGGAUACCAAAAUUUCCUUCCGGAAUUUCCAAAUGGUUCAAAUCUAAAAUCUUUCAUUCGAAUGAUACAAGUCAUUCUGCUGCUCUUGAAAGACGAAAGGAAUUAGAAACAUAUCUCAUUAGUGUGAUAAAAGAACUAUGGUUUCAUCUUCUUGUUUCUUAUGAACUUUACGAAUUUUUGGAACUUAGUGCGAUUUCCAUUACUAGAGAUAUGGGAUGGAAAGGUAAAGAAGGUUAUAUGGAACACAAAGUUGAACGAUUUAAACAUCCUAUUUGUUCAAUUAGAUUUGCAAACGAAAAUUCAACGACCCCUACGGAUGUUUUUCUUAUAGAUAAACAUUUUAAAUGCAAUAAAUUGGCCCCACAAGGACUUUCUCAUGUGUUACAAUUUCAUGAGCAUAUUGAAAUCAAAAAUAGUUCACGCCGAAUUGAAAUUAAAACUGAUUCAUAUGUUUUAAAGGACUUUAUGAAUAGUAUUGAAACUAUUCAAAAAUCUUCUCCAUGGGUUAAACAGCAUCAACACGAUUCAUUUGCUCCCAUUAGAGAGAAUGCAAAGGUUAAAUGGUAUGUCGAUGGCAAAGAUUAUUUCUUUGCUGUGUCACAGGCUUUAUUAGCUGCAAAAUCGGAAAUAUAUAUUGAAGAUUGGUGGUUGUCUCCCGAAUUGUAUCUUCGCCGACCGCCUUCUGAAAAUGAAGAAUUCCGGUUAGAUAGGUUAUUAACAAAGAAGGCUGAAGAAGGCGUGAUGAUUUACAUUAUUGUAUAUAAAGAAGUUUCUGUUGCUCUACCUUUGGAUUCUCAUCGUACCAAAUUUUACCUUCAGGGGCUUCAUAAAAAUAUUAAAGUACAAAGACAUCCUGAUCAUGGUAUUGAAGGAACAAUAUUUUGGGCGCAUCAUGAGAAAAUUGUAGUGGUUGACAGUCGUAUAGCAUUUAUUGGUGGUUUAGAUUUAUGUUUUGGGCGUUAUGAUACUCAUUCUCAUGAGCUAUCCGACUGGCCUCAAAAUACGAAAUGCCCAACAAUAUGGCCUGGUCAAGAUUAUUCAAAUCCAAGAAUAAAAGAUUUUCAAAAUGUCGCUGAUUAUCAGAAUGAAAUAGUCGAUAAAUCCCGUUACCCACGUAUGCCUUGGCACGAUGUUUCCGUCGGUACACCAGCUCGUGACGUUGCCCGGCAUUUUGUUCAAAGAUGGAAUUUCAUUAAAGAUAAAAAAUCGUUUGAACGCGAAUCAUUGCCAUUUUUGUUGCCGAAGGGUGAAUAUGUUAGCACCCGUGAUGAAUCCAGAUUCAAGGGAACUUGUGAUGUUCAAAUUUUACGUAGUAGUGCAGUCUGGAGUAUGGGAAUUGAAGUCGAGCGUUCUAUAUACAGCGCAUAUCAACAUUUAAUCCGAAAUGCUAAGCAUUAUAUUUAUAUUGAAAAUCAAUUCUUUGUUACAUCAACAGAAGAUGAUCCAAAUUAUGCUGUUAAAAACAGGAUUGGCAAGUCUAUCGUUGAACGUGUAAUAAAAGCACAUCAAGAUGGCGAGAAAUUCCGUAUUAUUGUUAUUAUGCCUUUAUUACCCGGGUUUGAGGCGGAUUUAAAUUCUAAAGAUGCCGGAACGAUUCGCAUGGUGAUGCAUUGGCAAUAUGUCUCAAUUUGUCGAGGUGGUAAAUCUAUAUUAGAACAAAUAAAACGAGCUGAUAUAGAACCGGAAAACUACAUAUCAUUUUUCGCAUUGCGCGGCUAUGACAAAAUCAAACAUAAGGUGCACGAUCUUAGUACACCUAAUGGUUUUAUUAAAGAUAAGCAGAAUGAAGUGUUAGAUGAAUCGCAGCCAUCACAUCAUGAUGAUAUUAGUACAGAUUCAUACUCUGAUGAACAAACGAAGUCUUCUUUAAAAGGAAUCGGAGGCGAGCCAGGCAUACCCGCUGGCAUAAUAGAUACAGAUCCAAAACAUUCUUAUAUUACAGAAGAAAUAUAUAUUCAUAGCAAGUUGAUGAUUGUUGAUGAUAAAUACGUUAUUAUUGGUUCAGCCAAUUUAAAUGACAGAUCACAACUAGGCAAUCGUGAUUCGGAAAUAGCAAUUCUUGUUGAAGAUAAGCAGACGGUUCCAACACGCAUGAAUGGACAAGAGUACGAGGCAUCAAAAUUUGCAUAUACACUACGCAGCAAUCUUUUCAAAGAAUUUUUGGGUCUUAUUAAACCUCAAGAUCAUGCAGCAGUUACCGAAAGCAGUUUAGCACCUAUUCAACCUGACGUAUUAAAGGAAUUAUUGCAUGAUAGGGAUGCUUCAUCCACAUCAAUAUUGGAUGAACUAAUGACUGGUUCAGAGCCUAAUCAUCCUACGAAAGAAGACUUAAUUGUUAUGGAUCCAUUGUCCGAUGAAUUUUACAAUUAUUGGCAAAACAUUGCACGAAAUAAUACUGCUAUUUAUAGAUCAAUUUUUAAAUGCAUCCCCGAUGAUAAUG